UACACGCAUGUGAAACAUCAUCAACACGAGACGAACCACUACCAGACACCAGCAGCAAUAAUGCUUUUCUACUCAUUUUUCAAGUCGCUGGUGGGGAAGGAUGUGGUGGUGGAGCUUAAAAACGACUUGAGCAUUUGUGGAACACUUCAUUCUGUUGAUCAGUACCUGAACAUCAAGCUCACAGACAUCAGCGUCACAGAUCCAGAAAAAUAUCCACACAUGCUGUCUGUAAAAAACUGUUUCAUCCGUGGAUCCGUGGUCCGAUACGUUCAGCUACCUGCAGAUGAAGUGGACACUCAGCUACUACAAGACGCCGCACGAAAAGAAGCAAUGCAGCAGAAGCAGUGAUUCACCUGUGGGAUGGGGUUUAGUCCAGGGGUGGGAA